UAGCUCAUAAGUAAUCAAACUCCAAAACAAAAAAAAAAAACAAUAAUACAAAUCUCUUUUCUUCUUGUCUUUCUAAAAGAUCGAUAUGGAUCAAAACGUACCAAUAAGCAAGAAGCUAUGGAACAUCGUACGUUUUCUCUUGUACAUGAUUCGCAAAGGUGUAUCAAAACACAAACUCAUCGCCGACUUCAACGCCACUCUAAAACGUGGCAAGAACCUCAUGUUCCACCACCGUCGUCGCGUCCCUGCCGCUGCUUCCACCUCCUCAGACGCUUUAAACGCUGCCUCAUCAGCCACCGCGAUAUCCCGACAAGAGUACGAGUUCAGCUGCAGCAACACACCAAACUAUUCAUUCCCUUUCCCCAACAUGGCUUUCAUGAAGAAAAAGAGUCACAAUGGUCUCUUCACGUGUGGUCAAACGCCUCAGACUCUCGACGACGACUCAGCAGCCGCUAGAGCCGUUCUUGAGCUUCUUAACGGCGUUGGAGACAAAGGAAACCUAACUCCGGGAGAUUUAACUGUGGCUUUGUCCCCUUACUUCCCCGGGUUUGGACGGACCCCGUUGGUGAGACCGUUAAGAGUAACUGACUCACCGUUCCCGUUAACGCCGGAGAAUGAUGACGUGGGCAAGAGACACGUGGACAAAGCGGCUGAUGAUUUUAUAAAGAAGUUUUAUAAGAACUUGAAUCAGCAGAAGAAGAUGAUUGAGUUCAGCAGCUAAAUAUUUUAAUCUGAACAGUGUGUUUCCCUCAUAUUUCUCUUCUUCCUUAAUUUUUUUUUUUUUACUCUUUUCUGUGGUCUUUGCUGAUUAAAUUCCAAAGAUGUACGUGUUUAACAAAAAAAAAAAAAAAGAAAAUCCAAAGAUGUAACAAACUAAUAUUUUUGGGGGGUUAUUUUCACGUUUCUUAAUACAAUUGGAUAUCAUCAUGAAUAAUAAUAAAUAAAUAAAAACAC